AUGGACGCGCCAACCUCAUCGUCUACAGACACCGCCUCAGCCCCCAGAGACUCUGCCCCUACCGGCGCUGCCCCAAAGGCAAUCAUAAAAAACGUCGACAUGAGCGAGGAGAUGCAGCAGGAGAGCGUCGACAUCGCGUCCGCAGCCCUCGAGAAAUACAACAUCGAAAAGGACAUUGCCGCUCAGAUCAAGAAGGAGUUCGACCGAAGACACGGUCCAACCUGGCAUGUCGUUGUUGGAAAGAACUUUGGCAGUUAUGUCACCCAUGAAACCAAACACUUCAUCUACUUCUAUGUCGGUACCCUCGCAAUCCUUAUUUGGAAAUCAUAA